GUUAUAGUAAUGGCGAUGCUUAUUUUGUAUAUAUUUCGAUGUGAUUGCGGUGAUUAUGAUCCUGGAUGAAUAUUAUUUUUACAAAAUACCAUUUGAAGAGUAGCGUUAAGUAAUUGGGAUGUAUUUAGAACGUCUGCCGAAACGAGGUACGUUACAUAUUACUGGGUAGAAAAUCAAAUUACUUCACAGAUGAAGUACGAUUUUUCAGAACUUCUAUAUUAAGUGAAAUGCUGCAUACGAACAUGAUUAAUUAUAUAUAUAAAAUGGCAUUUAACGUUUUUUUUUUUUUCAUUUAAUUUUAGGCUCGUAAUUGAAACUAGUUGUCAGUUAGUGAUUUUCGAUAUCUAUGUUGCCAAUUACCAAAAUAUUGUUAUUUUUCAAGACGGCAAAAUGGAGAAAACAGUGAACCGCCAAGGCUUUCGUUGAAUGUUGAAACAUCAAAUUCAGGGCACAUAAUUCAUGAAGAAGUCGUAGAGAAUGGGCGCCGAGAGCAGGGCCCGCGCGGCGCCGUCGUGGCGUGAGGUGAGCGUGCCCGUCGGCUGGGGCUCCCUUCGGGGCAAGACCUGCCUGCUGGGGGAGGCAAAGGGCGGCGCCUCCCUGCGGGUGCUGGCGCUCCACGGCUGGCUCGACAACGCCAACUCCUUCGACGCCCUGGUGCCACUGCUGCCCGCCGGGCUGGAGGUGCUGGCGAUGGACCUGGCGGGCCACGGCCUCUCGGACCACCUGCCGGCCGGGGCUCGCUACGACGCCAUGACGCAGCUGGUGCACCUGCGCGAGGCCAUGAAGCGGCUCGGCUGGACCGACUUCGUGUUCCUGGCGCACAGCUGGGGCGCCAUCGUCGCCAACUACUACGCGGCCCUGUACCCGCAGGACGUGCGGGCGCUGGUCGUCCUGGACUACCUGAGGCCCUUCCACGAGGAGGAGCGGCUGGCG